AUGAACACAUUACCUGUCGAAAUAGUACAUUGCAUUUUCGAUCAUCUCGAUGCACAAACAAUUCUAUUUUCAAUACGGUGUCUGUCGCGAUCAUUUCGAUCAAUCGUCAAUUCUUAUGAAAGAUUUACAUUGGAUCUAAAAGGAUUAUCUCAACAAGAUUUUCAUCUCCUUUGUCGUUUAAUCAAACCAGAAAACGUUAUUUCAUUAUCACUUUCAAAUGAAUUUAAACAUUCGGAUGAAAUCGUGUCAUUUUGUCCAUAUUCUCGUCAUAAACAAUUUACUCGACUUCGACGUUUAACUCUUGAGAAUAUUGAUGAAGGUCCAUUGAAAUUUCUUCUACGAGAAAGCAACCUUACUUCUCUUACAUCAUUUCCAGUGAAGUUCAGACGCGGCGACGAUAGACUUGCAAAGACAACAGAAGAAUUUCUUGCAUCAAUCAUUACACAACUAAAACUUGAAAAAUUAGAAUUUUUGUCCAAUAUUCAUUACAUAUUACAAUAUUCUCUUCAUUUACAUACACUUAUUCUGAAAAAUGGCUUUGGUCCAUGGUAUCUUACUGAUAUGCCAAAAUCCUAUCUUUCCACUACUUUUUCACAAGUACAACCUCUAACUAUUGAAAACAUGUAUAACGAGAUCGAUACAGUCGAUGAAUUGCUUUCAUUAACAACUUCAUUGAAUUAUUUCAAAAUUAUUUUCACAUGUAAUCAAAUGAAAUCUAUGCCUGAUGGUCAUUAUUGGGAAAUACUAAUUCAAUCGAAACUAACACAAUUAAACAAAUUUGAAUUCUUUUUUGAUCAAUACAAGUCUAGCAAACCCUUAGAAGAACUUGAAUCAAUGAACUCUACAUUUCAAACAUCAUUCUGGGUCGAACAUAAACAAUGGUUUGUUGUCUGUGAAUAUGAAGACACAAGUCUAUUCUAUUAUCGUUUCUAUACUCUACCAAUAUGUACAAGUGAGUUCAAGUGUAACCAAAGCCUAAAACGACUUCCUUCUUCUGCUGUGACUAUGAUGACGGAAAACAAUACAGUUAAAUCGAUUCGUGAAUAUUAUAAUGAAGAAGAAACAAAAAACAGUGAUAAGUUAUCCACGUUUUGUCAAAGCAACGGAUCUAACAAUUAG